ACCGAGCUCCUGCAUGUCGGCGUCAGAUGCGAGGCGUACGCGUUAGCCUUUAGCAAAUCUCCAAAACAAAGCGAUAAUACGUCGGUUUGCUCGUUAAGUUUACUCGGGAGGACAACGGCAACGACAAAAACCACGACAUUUGGAGACCUCUGAAGUUUGUGCAGGUCCCUGGAUGCCCCGCGGCGCACCGUCCUCGGCCGCCCAGUGCUUCCCAAUGGCCGGGAGUUGACCACGUCCUCUAAGAUGACGCUGCGCGAGCAGCUGAGAGAGAAGAUCUCGGCGGCCUUCUACCGCCACGGGCUGCUGUGUGCCUCCUACCCAGUACCCAUCAUCCUCUUCACCUCCGCCAGCAUCCUCACCUGCUGCUACCCGUUGUUGAGGCUACCCCUGCCUGGGACGGGUCCUGUGGAGUUCACCACAGGGGUGCGAGACUACAGCGUCCCUUCCCAUGAGCCUCAGGGAGACCUCGGGGAGCGGCCUGACUGGUACCGGGGCCCUCCGGUUGCCUACAUCCAGCAGGUGUUGGUGAAGGCAGCGGUGUCUCCGUGGGACAGCAGCCUGGUGCCGGUGGACAUGUUUCGGUCGCCGCUGGGUCGAGUCUUCGGUCUGUUGGAGGAGAUUCGCAACCACGUCCACUCUGACAGCUCCGGCAUUCGCAGUCUGGAGACUCUGUGCCUCCAGGUGACAGACCUGUUUCCAGGGUUACGGCGGAUGCAGUCGGUGCUGCCAGAGCACGGCUGCCUGCUCGUCUCUCCUGGCAACUACUGGCAGAACCAGCGGGAGCUGUUCGACUCGGACUCUGACCUCCUCAAGACCAUCCAGAAACACGAACCGAAAGGCCUGCACACCUCAGCGACGCUACGAGACCUGCUGUUUGGUGUCCCUGGAAAGUACACCGGAGUCAGUCAUUACAACAGGAAGAGGGUGGUGACGUACACAAUCACUGUGGUGCUGUCCAGCUACGACGCAAGGUUCAUGGGCAGCCUGCGGGCCCGCCUGAAGCACCUUCAUCCAUCAGCCAACUGCAGCCUGAGAGAGGACCACAUGGUUCACGUCCACUUCAAGGAGGAGAUCGGCAUCGCUGAGCUCAUCCCCCUCGUCACCACAUACAUCAUUCUUUUUGCCUACAUCUACUUCUCCACACGUAAGAUUGACAUGGUGAAGUCUAAGUGGGGCCUGGCUCUGGCUGCUGUGGUCACAGUCCUCAGCUCUCUGCUCAUGUCAGUGGGGCUGUGUACACUGUUUGGACUGACACCCACGCUCAAUGGAGGUGAGAUCUUCCCUUACCUCGUGGUGGUGAUCGGCUUGGAGAACGUCUUGGUCCUCACCAAGUCUGUGGUUUCCACCCCCGUCGACCUCGAGGUCAAACUACGUAUCGCUCAGGGCCUUAGUAAUGAGAGCUGGUCUAUCAUGAAGAACAUGGCCACUGAACUGUGCAUCAUCCUCAUUGGAUAUUUCACUCUGGUGCCAGCUAUCCAGGAGUUCUGUCUCUUUGCUGUCGUGGGGCUGGUGUCUGACUUCUUCCUGCAGAUGUUCUUCUUCACCACAGUGCUGUCUAUAGAUAUCCGCCGCAUGGAGGUGAGAUCUCACUUAUACACACAUUCAAACCGUUGUUUCCAGGUAAUAAAUGUUUUUACAGUUACUUCACUGAUGCUUUUUUUUUUUUUUAAGGUACCUUAUGUAAGCUGCUGUUUGCCUCAA